AUGGUAGUGGGAGAGAACCAUGGGAUUACGGUAUUACACCAGCUUGAAGAAAUCAUGGAAUUGCAACAUUUAACACGAAAAAUAGGCGAGAAUCGGGCUCCAUUAGACUGGGAAACACGACUGAGAAUUGCAUUGGGUGCAGCAAGGGGUAUUGCACACAUUCACAAGCAAAGUAGUGGGAAGCUUGUCCAUGGAAACGUAAAAUCAUCAAACAUAUUCCUUAAUUCACAACAGUAUGGCUGUGUGUCUGAUCUUGGCUUGGCAAGCAUGAUUCAAUUACCAGUCAUGCGAACUACAGGGCACCAUGCCCCAGAAGUCAAGAACACCCGAAAUGUGUCUCAAGCAUCUGACGUCUAUAGCUUUGGAAUCCUUGUGCUUGAACUUCUCACUCGAAAGUCCCCUUUACACGCCAUAGGUGACAAUGAGGUUCUCGAUCUAGUCGAAUUGGUUAAUUCUCUCAUUGGUAAGGAGCGAACUGCUGAUGUGUUUGAUGUGGAGAUCUCAAGAAACCGUAACAGGAAACAAAGGGCAAAGAUGUUGGAAAUAGUGAUGAGUUGUGUUGCAAAAAACCCAAUGAAAAGACCUAAAAUGGACCUAGUAGUGAAGAUGAUGGAAGACAUUACUAGUAAUCAACUACAACCAAAGCUUGUAUUUUUUGAGAGUCAUAAUCCUGAUUUUGGCCUUGAGGAUAUAUUGCAGGCUUCUGCAGAGGUUCUUGGGAAGGGAACAUUUGGGACUUCAUACAAGGCAACACUAGAUAAUGGAAUUACAAUUGUGAUAAAGAUAUUGAAGGGUGUCAUUGUUACGAGAGAAGAAUUUCAGAAACAAAUGGAGGUCAUUGGACGAAAGAGGAGCAAAAGUGUUGCUACAUUAAUGGCAUACUACUACUGGCGUGAUGAAAAGCUUAUGGUGUAUGAUUAUUAUGGUGCGGGAAGUGUAUCUUCCAUGCUACAUGGACAAUUUGGCAAGAGUAAAAUUUGUUUAGAUUGGGAAACUCGAUUAAGAAUUGCAGUAGGGGCAGCAAGGGGUAUUGCUCACAUCCACACACAACUUGGCCAGAAUCUUGUCCAUGGAAAUGUAAAAACCUCGAACAUUUUUCUUACUGCUCAAGGAUAUGGCUGUGUUUCAGAUGUCGGAUUGGCAACAUUAGUUAGUACAACCUCGGUGCUACAUAGUCGUUCUUCAGGGUAUCGCGCCCCAGAAGUCACAGACACUAAGAAAUUGUCCCAAGCUUCUGAUGUCUACAGCUUUGGAGUAGUGCUUCUCAAACUUCUUACUGGAAAGCCAACUAUACUUUCUGAAGAUAAUGAAAAGGCCAAUCAGCUAGUCAUGUGGGUUGCUUCUAUUGUUCGUGAGAAAUGGAGUGCAGAAUUGUUUGAUAUCGAGUUGUUUAAGUAUCAAAAUAUCGGGGAAGCAAUGAUGAAGGUUUUGCAGAUAGCGUUGGAUUGCGUUAAAAGUGUUCCCGAGCAUAGACCAAAAAUGUUAGAGGUAGUAAGAAUGCUGGAGGAUAUUGGUGGGACGUACUCGGGAGCCUAAGAUUAGCUGAAAAAAGCUCAUUGCCUAAACCUCUCCUAGCUUUGUUGAUG